CUGCCGAUGCCGCCGGUGCGCACGCCGGGAGGAAAACUUUUAUCGAAAAUCAAACUCUACGCAAUUUGCUCGCCAAAGCGCGCUCUCUCGGGUACAGAUACAUUUUUUUUUCUUCUCAAUUUUCAACUCGCUCCCGAGCGAAUUAACGCCGAGGGAAAACUCUCUUUUGAUUUUUCAAUUGUAAUUUCCAACCGGUUACCGGUGCAAGUCUAUAUUCAUGUAUACAGCCGCCAAGCGAGAUAAUUCGAUAACGAUUGACUCGAUAUAACCCGAUAACUUUCAAAAGCGAAUCAGGGAGAGUACGAUAAUCGAGGGAGUUUGAGAGAGAAAAAGAAAGGCAAUGAAGGCCAUUCAGAUAGAGGAAGGUACGGCGAGCGCGGACGAGCCGUUCGUCGUGAGCAACCGGCAGGUACUCCUGAUCGGCAUGAACGCUGUCAAUCACGUGCUGAUACUGGGCACCGUCGGCUUCCUCUGCUACGAGGCACGGGAGUUCAGGCACUCCACGGACCUGCACGCCCUUUUGUGCACUAUCGGGUACGUGCUGCUGAUGGCCGAGGCGAUCGUGUCACUCGCAGGCGAGAACGCAUGGACCUUCCGCCUGACUCGCCGAGGCAGCACCCACGUGCACUGGAUCCUCCAAGUGCUCGGGGCCACCUGCACCGUCACCGGCGUCCUUUACAAGUACCUGAACAAGCGAAGCCACUUCAACUCCCUCCACUCCAUCCUGGGCAUCGUCUCGGUCGGCUGCAUCACCGUGGUCUGCGUGUCCGGCCUGCCGGCUCUGUUCGCUGCCAAACUCCGGAGGAAGAUCAAGCCGGUCACCGCCAAAUUCGCCCACAACUCGCUCGGGGUCUUGUGCUUUGUCACCGGCAUGGCUGCCCAGGUGCUCGCCUAUCACAGGACGAAGUUUUUAAGGACUAAGUAUGGCGACGAGGUCAUAUACGCUGUGACCGUGACGACUGUUCUGAUAACGCUACUGUCCCUGGUCGGGGCAACUCGGCAGCUCAGCCAGCAGUUACGGGGUGUUUUGCGGCUCGCGCGGAAGUGACUUUGUUGUCGUUUCCAGCGAGGCAGGAUUGGACAGUCGUUUGGAAAUCGUAACGAAGGGGGAUUUUUUUUUUUUUUUUUCAUUUUCCGGUGCUCGUGUGGAAGGGCGAGAAGAGCUUGCAACUAGUUUUUGAUUGUCAAGUGUCUAGUGCGCACUGUAAGGAUUCGAGGAGUUUUCGAAAGCCUCGGGUUUUUUUUCGCUCAAACACGGUCAAGUUUUAUUUUUGAACAGAUUGGUUUUUUCGCAAAACAGCAAACAACCCUAACAAUCAAAGUUGCGCGCUGAGACAAGAUUCGCUCGCUGUGCGAGAAUCGAGGGCGGUUUUUUAUUUUUCUUAUUUUUGAUGCAAAUUUUUUCAAAUAUCGGAAAUCCAUCGUGCUCGGGGAAUAAAAAAGAGAUUUACCGUUUGUAAAUAACAACGACGAAUAAAAAAGUUAUUGGUAAAACUUAUCGUCACACAGCUGCCAUCAUAAAACGCUUCCACCCGGAGGGGAAAAAAAUGCUCCUCAAUACGAUAUUUUUUUUCAAAAGGUCUACAUAAUAAAGUUUUGUACCAGUCAUAGGUCCACACAGUUUGAUGGUCUACUAACUUGAAUAUUCGCCAGAGUCAAAAAAUCCACACCAAAUAAACAAAAAAGCUCGAGCUUUCAACCAAUCUGUAUUUUCACCCUACACUUGUUAAAAUCGACGUUUCCAAUCUAGUAGCGUAACGGUACAACAUACUCGGAAAAUAAAUGCAACAAACUGUCACGGAAACGAAUCAAAAAGUCAAAGGCCAAUUGCCACAAGCACGUUUCAUACUAAAAUAAAAAAAAAAAAAAAAAAAAAAAACAACCAAGCAAACUUUUCCAAACUAAACUCCAUGCACGCAAAGAACAAACGAAGCGCCCCCUACCUCUUCUCUGGAAAUUAAUUAUCCUCCCCUGCACGCUCAACAAGUACACAAUAGCCCCCUCGGUCGGGCGCGCAAUAAUUCAUGAUCGAUGGACCAGCCGAAUCGAGCGGGUCAACUUUGUUUUUCCGUGGCUGCACGGAACGAGGAGACGGAGGGGUAAUAUAGAGGCGCACCUGUGGGGGCGAUUAACCGGAGUACCAGUGGGGCCGAUGCAUAAUGGCCGAACAGUUAUCGCCGGUAGCCCUCUCUCUGUCUGUCUGUCUGUGUAUGGCACGCUCAACUAGCCCCGGCUGUACUGUUGUGUCGCGCGCGAUUACGCGUGUAUAAUAAGCGCGUCAAUAAUAGCGCGGGGCCGGGUGGACAUUGAGCAGUAAAUGCCCAUUAAAUGGGCCACUACGAUCCCUCCCCCCCCCCAAACCUCUAUUAUAUUACGCGUGUGAAAAGCGUCCGUUUAUUGUCACUUGCUGGUUGCGGUGUACAAGCGCUCCUUCCGUGUAGCCAAGCUUUGUAAAAUUGAGUAAGCACCUGGUACAGGUUCAAGUUUGAUGAAAAAUAAAACUUGCAGUGGCAAUCGAAAGUAGUUUGAGUUUUGAAUCGAAGGAAGUUCGGUAGGACGCAGCAUUUCCUUUUUUAAGAGAGAAAAAAAAACACACACACACACACACACAAAUAAAGGGGGGAAAAAGGGAGCAAUGUAGCAUUGCACCGCCACGGGCGUUCGAGCGCUCGGUCGCUCAGUGAAUGGACGGUCGCGAUAUUCUCUCGCUCGCUGGACCUCAUUAUAAAAACGACGUCAGCCGGAAUGGACCGUUCGGCUGUUCAACCAGUGGUGGUAUGGGUCGCCUUUACAAUGCGCGCGAUAUUGCAUGCUCUCUCUCUGCUCCCUGACUUGGAACUUUUUUUUUUUUCUCUUUUUCUUUUUCAUGAAAGCAGGGCACAUGUAAUGAUCGGAUAUUUCAGGAUUUUAUCGGCUCCCCUCGUGUACGCCUUCAGACUUUAUUGCAUAUUUUUUGUGUAGUGCUAUUGAUGCAACUAGUACAAGCAUAUGUGCGCUUGUCUUUUUUUUCUAAAAUUGCCCAAGUAAUCGAUAUUUUGAUAAAAAAUAUAUUUUUUUUUUUUUAAUACCAUUUGGCGUUGUGCGUGUUUCAUCUGACGGCGAGCCUGUACUUACCUUAUUUCUUUUUACUAGAGUAUAGGUGUUAUUUGCUGACUGAAACAAGGAUAUAGGUUUUAUUUCUUGUUUGAAUGCCAAUUGUACAAUGCUAUGUUUAUUUAUUUUUAUAUUUUUUGCACAUAUCGUGAAUAUCAUAUUGAAUGAAGUUUAUUCUUACGCUGUUCACCUUUACGUGUAACGAAUCGAUAGACCUUUGGUAACAAUCGUGAAUCAAUAAAUACAAAUUCAAACGCA